AUGUUUUCGCAAAUUGUCAUGAGCAGCCUCUUGGCUACGCUCGCAACCGCGCGCCCAUCCCCCAGAGCCGCAGCCAGCUGCCCUGUCGUGCUCUCUGGACGAGUACCGGCAUCUGCCCAGCUAACCGACUUUGACUCGUCGGCCACGAGCCUGUUCAACCCAGACUAUGUACGGGCGAGCGCCAUCCCGUGGUCACAGAUUCUGCUGUUCCCCAACGUGACCAACUCGCGCUUCGAUGGUGCCGACUUCAAGUCGGUCGAGGUCACCAUUAGCGAAAAGUCCAUCUUUCAGACUCAGAAUGGCUUCCGCCGCGCCGGUCUUCAGCUGGCCAAUGACACCAAUACUCAGGGACCAGGAACGACGGGUGUAAGGACGCUUCACUGGAGUGUCAAGCAAGAUCCGACCAGGACGCUUAACCUGACCCAUGAAUACCUGAAUGUCUGGCACGAACGAGCCGACUACAACGGAAACCAGUUCAACUUUGAGACGGGCACGCUGAUUGACAACUCGAGCUUGGACAAGAACACCUUCAAGAUCACUAACCGCAACAGCGAAGUCAUUUGGUCCACGCCGAUCGACCAGAGCGCGUGGCAAAACUUUGCCGUCACAUUGGACUAUGAUAACAACACUUUACAGGUCUACUACUCACUUGGAACCGAGCCACUCACAGCCGUCACUCAGGCUCUGGCCAACGACAACUCGGGCUAUGGCCAGUUCCAAAUCGGCAUCCUCAAGAAACCGACGGGCACUUCCGAUGUCGUCAACUCGGGCUACCAAGAGUCUCCCAUUAGCGAAGGUCAGAUUUAUGGCGGCAUUUUCCUCGAGGAUAGCGCAAAUGGCUGUAUCACACUGUAG